AUGAAAUCUACUCCAAUAUUUGCAAUUAUUAUUGCCAUAUCAAUACCAAUAAUUGUUACGGCAAAAAUGAGAAGUGUUGGAGUAAGAGGAACUGUUAUUUGUGAUGGAACACCGAUAAGUAAUGGAGAGGUUGAACUCUAUGACGAAAGAAAUGCUGCAAGAGCAGACGCAUUACUUGCGAAGACAAAAACGGAUGCGAAUGGACGAUUUACAAUUAAAGGAAACUCGAAAAGGAGUAGGUUCGAUCCACACUUCACUAUCAGUCACAAAUGUCGUGCAAAGUUAUGCACACGUAAAAUGCUCCUCCGUGUUCCUGAGAAAUAUACUACAUCCGGUCCAAAUCCAAGCGAGAUAUAUGAUAUUGGUGUUAUUGAUGCGAAAAUAAAAUUUCCCACUGAAACAAAAACGUGUCCGAUCUGA